UGCAAACUGAACUGAUACUGAGAACUGCAGUCAAGCAAGGCAGAAUUCUCUUCACAAUAAUAUACCAUCAUGGCGAACUGCAGUAACAAAACUGAGAUGGAUCAGAAUAUCAUCAUUUUUGAACUAAUUCUCUACAUCCCAUUAUUCUUUCUUGGAGUUGUUUUUAAUACAGUUGCAUUGUGGGUGUUCUACUUCAAACUGAGCAGAUGGACAGAGACCAGAUUUUACAUGAUCAGCUUAGCCAUGGCUGACUAUGCUACACUGUUCACUUUACCAUUUAUUAUGAUUUUUCACCAUCUGGAAUGGCGUGACGAUGCCUUUUGCAAAGUCAUAGAAACAAUCUAUUUAAUCAACAUGCCAAUAAGCAUCUAUACCAUCACCUUCAUAGCAGUAGACAGAUACAUUGCAAUCAAGCAUCCUCUGAAAGCCAAAGUUAUAAGGUCUCCACAGAAAGCAGCUAUCAGCUGUUUGUUUCUUUGGCUAUGUUGCUUGGCUUGGAUGAUCAUGUUAAACAUCUUGUUGCCGAGUAGUAAAGAAAGGUAUUGUUUUUAUCACUACCCUAAGGACAAUGUUCCUUUCCUUCUAAUUGUAACAGCUGUCUUUCUGAUCAUACCAGCAGUUAUCUUGACGUUUUGUUCUACACAAAUUAUCAAAUUCCUCAAGGAGAAACAGAAUGCUAGUUUACGAGAAGAAAAGUUAGCCCAGAGAGCAAUCUGCAUUGUUGCAGUGAACAUGGUCACAUUCAUAAUAUGCUUUGUGCCUUUCAAUAUCAGCGCACUAGUGGCAUUUGUAGUGGAUGUGGUGGGAGAUGAAUGCUGGCUGCAUCAAGCUUUGAGCAAAACCAUGCCUGUGACAAUGUGCUUACAAAACCUGAACUGCUGCUUGGAUGCCAUUUGCUAUUACUUCGUUGCCAAGGAAUUUCAGGAAGCUAUACUUUUUAAGUCAAUGCAGUCUAACUCCAACACAUCUCAAGAUUCACAACUGCCUACCAAAAACAGCAAGAUAAUUUCAGGAUGCAUGUAAUUUCAUCUUCGAAGGUCUGUGUCUGAUCAAAGCCAUCAGAAGCCUCCUCUUCAGAAUAUUGAAGAAUAAAGCUGAACUGAAUAAUCAGAUAUUGUAAAGA